GCGGGGCGCUCCGGGCAGGGGCAGAGCUGGCGGCGGCACAGAGCUCGCAGUGCGGCCCGCGCUUCCCAGCGUCCGUGCCCGGCCGCCUGUGCCCGCCGUGCCAUGGCCGCGGCCGCCCUCGCGCCCCGUCCGCUGGCCCUGCUCCUGCUGCCGCUGCUGCUGCUGCUGCGCGCCGGCCCGGUGCGCGCUGACAGUAAGGUGUUCGGGGACAUGGACCAGGUGCGGAUGACCUCCGAGGGCUCCGACUGCCGUUGCAAGUGCAUCAUGCGGCCGCUGAGCAAGGACGCCUGCAGCCGGGUGCGCAGCGGGCAGGCGCGGGUGGAGGACUUCUACACGGUGGAGACGGUGAGCUCGGGGGCCGACUGCCGCUGCUCCUGCACCGCGCCGCCCUCCUCGCUCAACCCCUGCGAGAACGAGUGGAAGAUGGAGAAACUCAAAAAGCAGGCGCCUGAGCUCCUCAAGCUGCAGUCCAUGGUGGAUCUCCUGGAGGGCACCCUGUUCAGCAUGGACCUGAUGAAAGUGCACGCCUACGUCCACAAGGUGGCCUCCCAGAUGAACACGCUGGAAGAGAGCAUCAAGGCCAACCUGAGCCGGGAGAACGAGGUAGUGAAGGAGAGCAUGCGCCACCUCAGUGAGCAGCUGAGGCACUACGAGAACCAGUCGGCCAUCAUGAUGAGCAUCAAGAAGGAGCUGUCUAGUCUGGGCCUCCAGCUGCUGCAGAAGGAUGCGGCUGCCCCUGCCGCCGCCCCAGCCACUGGCCCUGGCAGCAAGGCUCAGGACACAGCUGGAGGGAAAGGCAAGGCCACCAACAAAUAUGGCAUCGUGCAGAAGAGCUUCGUAGACAGGGGCCUCCCGAAACCUAAGGAGAAGCUGCUGAAGGUGGAGAAGCUGAGGAAGGACAGCAGCAAGAGCAGAGUCCCCCAGCCCACAGCAAGGCCCCGGGCCCUGGCCCAGCAGCAGGCUGUGAUCCGGGGUUUCACCUACUACAAGGCAGGCGGGCAGGAGGUGACUGAGGCGGUGGCUGACAACGCCCUCAAGGGCACUUCCUGGCUGGAGCAAGUGCCACCCAAGGUGGAGGGCAGGCCACCCGAGCCCAACUCUGCGGAGCAGGAUGAGGCUGGGCCCAGGUCCUCAGAGGGAGAGGCCUUGGCCCCCAGCACCACCUCAGACCCUUCCACCACCACUGCCACCACCACCCCGACUCCCACCACCAGUCCCCUGCCCACCGAGCCACCUUCACGCCCAGAAGGCCCAAGCCCAGGCAGGGAGGCGAGCUGCGAGGGCACCCUCCGGGCCGUGGACCCCCCUGUGAGGCACCACAGCUACGGACGCCACGAGGGGGCCUGGAUGAAGGACCCUGCUGCCCGGGACGACAGGAUCUAUGUCACCAACUACUACUAUGGAAACAGCCUGGUGGAGUUCCGCAACCUGGAAAACUUCAAGCAAGGCCGCUGGAGCAACAUGUACAAGCUGCCGUACAACUGGAUCGGCACGGGCCACGUGGUGUACCAGGGCGCCUUCUACUACAACCGCGCCUUCACCAAGAACAUCAUCAAGUACGACCUGCGGCAGCGCUUCGUGGCCUCCUGGGCACUGCUGCCCGACGUGGUGUACGAGGACACCACACCCUGGAAGUGGCGCGGUCACUCGGACAUCGACUUUGCAGUGGACGAGAGCGGCCUGUGGGUCAUCUACCCUGCCGUGGACGACCGCGACGAGGCCCAGCCCGAGGUGAUCGUGCUGAGCCGCCUGGACCCGGGCGACCUCUCCACGCAGCGGGAGACCACGUGGAAGACACGGCUGCGGCGGAACUCCUACGGGAACUGCUUCCUGGUGUGCGGCAUCCUGUACGCCGUGGACACGUACAACCAGCGCGAAGGCCAGGUGGCCUACGCCUUCGACACGCACACGGGCACUGACGCUCGGCCCCAGCUGCCCUUCCUCAACGAGCACGCCUACACCACCCAGAUCGACUACAACCCCAAGGAGCGGGUGCUCUACGCCUGGGACAACGGCCACCAGCUCACCUACACCCUCCACUUCGUGGUCUGAGCAGGGACCUUGCUCACGGGAGGGGCAGCAGUGGGGAAGGGGCUCCCCACGGCAACUCCUGCAGCCCACCCAGCCGGCGAAUAUUUACAGGGGCCAGCCCAGGCUCGGGCUAGGCACGAGGUGGUGACCAGGAUCGAGCUUCCACCCGCAGAGCACUGUGCCCAGCGCUGUACAGGCACUUAGGACCCAUUUCAUUCUCCCAGCACUGCCCUUGGAGAGACAGGCCGUGACGCCCAUUCAACAGAUGAGGAAUGGAGGCUCAGAGAGGCAGCGUUACUGGCCUAAUGCCUCAGCUGGGCUCCUGCGGGACGAGCAGACAUCUCCACGCUCUCCCCCUUCCAGCCCUCUCCCCAGUGUUCCCUCAGCUCUGUCUCCCCUCCCAGGGCCACUCCAGACCAGAGGCCUCUGGGGCCAGUGCGCUAGUGUUGUGUGGAGGCGGCUCUGCCUGCCACCCAGGCCCCUGUCUGGCUCACCUAUUGGUGGCCCUGGGUUUGGGGCCCCUUGGCUAAUGUCCCUGCUUCUUGCCUUUGGCCAGCGCCCCUAUCCCACCGCACCCGCCAUCCUGCCGCAUUCCGAACCUCCACCGUCACCUAGCCACUGAGCAGAAACCACACCCGGAGAGAAAAUCCUGGCCCCUGUUCCAAGGCCCCCUCCCUUCUGUCCUCAUUUUCAUUCUUUCUUAUUCUUCGUCAGUGCCGUCAUCGGUUUCUGCAGCAGCGGCUGAGAAGGCGCAGGCAGCCGUCUGCCAGCAGCAGCUCCACCAGGGAGGGGAGCUGAGCGGAGCCUCCCUCUCCACCCAGAAGCACUGGCAUUGGCCACACACACAAGCCUUGGGUCCCCUUGUUCCCUCCCAAAGCCUUUGGGCCUGGGGUCCACCUUGUCCUCUCUCUCUGGGCCUUCAAACCCAUGGCCUACACACACUCAGGGAUACCUCCAGGUCUGCCAUGAACAAGACCCCAGGCCGAGGCUGAGGUGGUACCAGGAUGGAGCAGGUUCCCUCUUCCUUGUUAGUCCUGACCUGGUCUUUUGGGGAGCUGGCUCAGCUGUCUGGAGGGCUGGGGAAGACAGGGGGUCUGAACAGUCAGGUCUAGGGAAGCAUUGGGCCUUCUGGUUGCAGGCAAGAGCCAGAGAGUGGAAGCAGGAAGGGGAGGACUGGGGUCUAGGAAUAGGCUUUUCCUGGCUUCAGAGAUGUCGGGGCAGCCCAGGACCUGGGGGAGAGGAUCGCAGGUGGGCCACCUCACCUGGGCUGCUGAUAGCUCCCCAGAGCCUCAGACCCAGGCAGUUCGGAGGACAAGAUCCUCCAGCCUGCCCCUGAGCUGCUUUCUGUGGUAUUUUUAGAGCUGGAAAGAAGUUCUCUAGCCCACUUCCUGUUCCACCAAAGGGAAGAUAGACCCAGAAAGGUUUAUAGGGCAGCCCAGAGUCACACUGGGAACCGGCACAGCUGAUCUCCUUCCGGAGGGUUUUGUCUGUAUCCCUCAUUCUCCCAGCGUGGGAAGGCAGUGCACUACCUGGCACCCAAACCAUCCCUACACUUGAGAAGGGCAUUUACUGCUGAUCCCUACACAGCCCUGCACCCUGCUGCCCUCCUCCUGCCCUCACGCCAGCUCCCGGGAUAGCUGUAUAUUUGAAUACCCAGUUGCCAUGUUAGGAAAUCCAGCUGCACAGACAAGGGUAUGAGGAAAUGCAUUCUGUGCAGAACACAUUUCUUUCAGGCAUUGUCAGGUGAUGUUGUUUUGUCAAAGCUAUAACUCACCCCUGAAAUAAAGGGGAAUGGCGACACCCAGGCCUGACUCAUAGUGGUGGACGCGUCCAGCCUCCCCCAGCCGCCGAGCGCCACGGGCUCCACGGCAGGCCCGUCAGGGGGCCGCGAGGCCUGGCGUUUCCCUCGGCCCUGGGUGUGGGUUUUACGAGAUCGUGUCUUUCAUGAUAUCAUAGCCCAACCAUGUGAGAAGAAAGAGAAGGCCCCUUUUCUUCCCUAGUUGGAGAAAAAGGAAAGCUACAAUGGGCUGAUUUUUAAAAACUAAAGGACAAGCAGCACUGCAUUCUGGGGGAUGAUGCUGGCCAAGGCCCCUAAACAUUCACCAGGCCUCGUCUGUUUUCAGGCUCUUGUACAUGGGUAAUGUGGUAGGUACAGUUAUUUUCCUCAUUUUUAUGUAUGGUCACAUUGGAGCCCAGAACAGUUAAGUCACUUCUCUCAGCAGCAGUUCAGUGGUGAGCCAGGUUUCAAAAUCAGGUAAUAAAACCAUCAGCAUUAACUGAGCACCGACAGUGUGCUAAGCACGUCCCACAUAUAUCUUCUUGUAUCUUCACAACAAUGGAAGGUAUGUGUCCUGAAUGUGCCCAUUUUACAGAUGAGGACACUGAGGGAAAGGGACUCACACAGCAGCUCAGUGUGUGGCAGGGUUGGGGUUCUAGGGCUGGUCGAUGCAUGUUCUUUGCCAACUGCCUGCCUCUCAGUGGCAGCUCUAGACUUGGUGGCCACUGCUUUUAUGCAUUGUGGCCAGGCCACAAACUAUCCACAUAGAAGCCCCAAGAAGGCUUGGGGCCAGCUUGUAUAAAGCCUAAAUGCCAUGCCUAGGAGUGGCCACCUCCAGUCAUUUUUAAAACAAAGUUGAGUAUAAA